GAAGAAUCAUACAGUAUCAAAAUAAGCCUCCGGAGAGAUUAGAUUAAUUUAAUAACACACUGGACUUCUAUUUUAGUGUGUUAAAGAGAGUGGCUGUGGCUCCGACUAUUCUGUAUGGUAUGUAUGUGUAUAAUUGAGCAGAACAGCGAUGUGGAACUCAAUUAGUCAACUCCUUACUGUUACAGCAGAAAACAGUUCACAAAAUAAUGACGUAGUAUCUCAAAAUAAUGACUUACUAUCUCAAAAUAAUGACUUAGUAUGUCAAAAUAAUGAGAGCAGUUUACUUAAUAAUAAUUUAAAAAAUGUGCUGGAUUAUUUUUACUUUUUUAGGCGGCGGGAACAUGCUUCCAUAGUUUACUCAAUAGUUUAAUAAAAUAAAAAAAUGCAUAGAUAACCCAGUUAGUUAGCUAUCUGUGAGAGUAGAGUGGCGUGCUGGAGAUAGAGAGUUAAGGCACUAUAUUUUUAAAAUUUCUCAUGUUUAAUUUCUUCUCAAAUUUGUUUUCAGAACCAAGAAACUGCAACAAGUUUUUUUUCAAGUUCUUGCCACCAUCUACAGGGAUGAGAGAGAAUAUUCAAGGAAGAUCUAUGAUGUUGGCAACACUGAGCAUCUUAUUGAAACAGCAUCGGCAGAACAACUUGGAUAUGUUGUUGUGAGAAUUCUGAAAUUCAACCCACAAUUUCAGGAAUUUAUUGACGUAGAUAGGAAUGUAGACAUCAGGAACUUAGAUAGAUUCCAGCUGUUCUUAUCAUGCAAAGAGACUGAAUCAUCUCAACCUAUGGCCACUUCAGUGUCCCAAGCUCAGCAUACUCAAGUUUCACAAGAGCAUGACAAACUGAGGUCCAUUUUGGAAAAGAAAGCACCAGAGACACUUGAUGAACUCAAAACCAAAGGCACUGUGACAGAAAAAGCAAGAAUAAAGCUUGUUAAAUUAUGUGUAUCUGACCUGGUGGAAAAGCAUGGAUUUACUGAAAAAGUGGCUCUAGCAAAGAACAUCAUCGCUGUCUUCCCUGAGAGUCCAGGUGGAUGGAAACGGGGAAGGAUUUAUUCUCAUUCUGGAUUUUUGGAAAUGAGACUGCGCAACAUUCGUCGAAAGCUAGAAGAUGGUCAGCGGCGUUAUAGGUCAAACAAACGACGCUGUGAAGAUGGUCCUAAUCCGGACAAGGAGGAGGAAGAUGGUAGUGGGACAACUGAGUGGAUCAACUUGAUGAAAAGGCUCAGGCCUUCUACAGACAACAUUUCAUCGAUCAAAGCAGCAAUGCAGAAAACCUUCACCUGGCGCAGAUCAUGGAUAGCCAAACAUUCCCCCUCCCUGUCUGAAAUCUUUGAGGAAUACCCACACUUCUUGGAUAUGCCAACUCUGCUUGAUACAGAGUUUGGUAAAAUGUUUGAGGGAAAAGGAGAUUUGUUCUUAAGAAGAUGGGAGGCUACCAUCAUUCCCAAGUUGAAGGCAAUUGCCAUCAUGGAGACAGGUGAUCUUGCAUCUCUUAAGGACAUGGAAAACCAGAAUGAAGAUGAGAAGUGUUACACUAUGCUUGUAGUCCUUACACAUCUUCUGCCACCAGUUGCAAUGAGUCGCUGUUCAGUGAAGUUUGCAUUAACAUUCCUUGUUGAUUUUGUUCCAGCUGGAAGCAGCAUUGCUUCUCUUUGUGAUGACUGUUCUUCACAGACCAACCAGCCCCAGCUAAUCUGUGUUGGAAAUCUGAGGGCUGCCGCAAAGCAACAUGUCAUCGUUGGAAAGAGUGACCGAAUCACUGUUCCCCUUGAAGAAGGACUGACAUCUGCUGUGGACAAGCUAUUUAAGCUCUACUGGGUGUGUAACCUGGCCUAUCCAUGUCAGCUAAGCUCCGUGUUCUGCUUCUUUGAACACAUCUAUGACAUGCCUCUCUCAACUAGCCGGAAAGCUAAGGUACUGAAGCUCAGUUCGAAGGUUAAAGCAUCACAAUUCACAGCAUAAUGUACACUUGUCCAGAAUGUCGACAGUCACAAUUCACAGAAGUAAAGAAGCUAAUUUGGCAUCUUCGUGAAAUACAUGCAUUGUCAAAGGGACUGAACUUCAUUCUUAUUUGCAGCCAGGAUGGUUGU